AUAUAUCUCUAUGGCCUACACCUAAUGGCUUAGCUCACAUGCUUCUACUCUUUCUCACUGAUAUAAUGAGAGGUGCUCUUUCUUUCACUAUAUCCUCUAUUCAUAAUCAUUUUCUGAGUUAUUAUAGAAACUUUCCGAAGAUUUUUGGGUUCUGGCUUGAAAAAGCAUCCAUCUGGUCAUUAUAAGAGAUCAGAGAGCACUGUUUUUGCAUGAAGAAUUCCUGGUUUUUAUUGGGAUUAUAUUCACAGGAGGAAUCUCUUUUACUAGUCAGAAAUUCAGAAACUUAAGCAGUUGCAGAGGCUACUUUCUGAGGUGAGCAAGUAGCAGAUCAGAUUUCAGCUGCUCAAUUCUCAGCUGUUUCCAGGAGUGGCAAUAAUGGCUGGAUAAGAUAUAUCGUAUGCUCAAAAACCAAGAUCCACACAGUCACACUCUCUUCUUGGAUUGGCCAUUUUGCCCUCAUACUUGUUCCCAAAUGGCCAAACACCCACUUCUCUCCCUCCAUUUUCUGUUGCUCUUUUGCUUUUCCUUUUUCCCGCCAUGUACACCUCUAACGGUCGAAACCAAAGCUCUUCUUCAAUUCAAAAGCCAGUUCAAAGACCCUUUCAAUGUUUUCCAUUCCUGGAAAGAUUCAGACUCUCCCUGUGAAUUUUCAGGCAUUAAAUGCGACUCUGUGUCCGGGAAAGUGAUUGAAAUCUCACUAGACAAUAAAUCUCUAUCAGGGGUCAUCUCUCCAUCCAUUUCUGCACUCAAGAGUUUAAGGACUCUUUCGUUGCCGUCUAAUCAAAUUUCUGGAAAGCUUCCAUCAGAGCUGAGCAGUUGUAUUAAUCUUAGAGUGUUGAAUCUUACCAUAAACAAUAUGGUUGGAGCCAUUCCGGAUCUUUCUGGGCUGAGAAGCUUGGAGAUUCUUGAUCUUUCGAUGAAUAAUUUUUCGGGUUUGUUCCCAAGUUGGGUGGGGAAUUUGACUGGCUUGGUUUGUUUAGGACUAGCGCAGAAUCAAUUUGAUGAGGGUGAAAUUCCUGAGAGCCUUGGGAAUUUGAACAACUUGGCUUGGCUCUAUCUACAAGGUGCUAAUUUGAAAGGAGAGAUUCCGGAGUCUAUUUUCGAGCUCAAGUUGUUGCAGACAUUGGAUAUUUCAAAGAACAAUAUUUCCGGGAAUGUCUCUAAGUCCAUUGCAAAACUAAAGAAUCUUCACAAGAUUGAACUUUAUGGUAAUAGUUUGACUGGCGAAAUCCCACGAGAGCUUGCCAACCUCACCUUUCUGCAGGAAUUUGAUAUUUCUCAAAACAAAAUGCACGGGAAAUUGCCUGAAGAAAUUGGCAAUCUGAAGAAUUUGAUGGUUUUCCAGCUGUAUGAGAACAACUUUUCUGGAGAACUUCCUGCAGGGUUUGGAGAUAUGCACAAUCUUACUGGGUUCUCAAUCUAUGGUAACAGCUUUACUGGGGAAUUUCCCGUGAAUUUUGGCCGGUUCUCACAAUUGAACAGCAUUGACAUUUCUGAGAAUCAGUUUUCAGGUGGUUUCCCCAAGUUCUUGUGUGAAAACAGAAAACUAAAGUUCUUGCUUGCUUUGGAAAACAAUUUUUCUGGGGAGUUUCCAGAAUCUUAUGCUGAGUGCAAAUCUCUGGAAAGGUUAAGAAUUAAUAUGAACCACUUGUCCGGGAAAAUUCCUAAUGGGGUUUGGGCACUUCCAGAUGUAACAAUGAUUGAUUUUGGUGAUAAUGACUUUAGUGGAGAAAUAUCCACGGAAAUUCUCUCUUCAGUGAGCUUGGGUCAGUUGGUUUUGCAGAACAAUAGGUUUUCAGGCGAGCUUCCAUCAGAACUUGGCAAUCUGACCAACUUAGAGAGGCUUCAUUUAAGUAAUAAUAACUUCACUGGUAAAAUUCCUGCUGGAAUUGGUGCUCUGGAGCAAUUAUCAUCAUUACAAUUGCAAAAAAAUUCUUUAACUGGAUCAAUACCACCAGAAGUAGGUAACUGUGCAAGGCUGGCAAACUUGGAUCUUGCUUUGAAUUCUUUGACUGGUAAUAUACCGGAAACAUUUUCUUUGAUGAGCUCACUGAACUCUCUGAAUCUUUCGGGAAAUAAACUCACCGGUCUGAUUCCGGAAAAUUUAAAGAAAUUGAAGUUAAGCUCCAUAGAUUUGUCUGAAAACCAGCUGUCCGGAGGGGUGCCAUCUGAACUUUUGAUCAUGGGUGGAGACAAAGCAUUUCUUGGAAACGAGGGACUCUGUGUUGUCCAAAAUUCUAAAAUGCAUAUGAAUUCUAGGAUGAAUAUUUGUCCUGCAAAUCAUCAUCAAAGAGGGAUCUUUGCAGGUAAUUUUGUUCUGUUCUGUGUCAUAACAUCUGCCUUGGUUAUCUUAUUAGCUGGGUUACUGCUUGUCAGUUAUAAGAACUUCAAGCUUAGAGUGGCUCGUGUAGAAAAUGAUUUGGAAGGGGAGAAGGAAGUAGAUCCGAAAUGGAAAUUUGCAUCUUUCAACCAUGUAGAUAUUAACGCAGAUGAAAUAUGUAAUCUGGAGGAAGAGAAUUUGAUUGGAAGUGGUGCUACAGGAAAAGUUUAUCGAUUGGAUUUGAAGAAAAACGGUAGUACUGUGGCCGUAAAGCAACUGUGGAAAGGAGAUGGUGUAAAGAUUUUGGAAGCAGAAAUGGAGAUUCUGGGGAAAAUAAGGCAUAGAAAUAUACUGAAGCUUUAUGCUUCUUUACUUAAAGGAGGCUCCAGUUUUUUGGUGUUUGAGUACAUGGGAAAUGGUAAUCUGUUCCAAGCUCUUCACAGACAGAUGAAAGGUGGCCUGCCAGAACUGGAUUGGCAUCAGAGGUAUAAAAUUGCUUUGGGAGCGGCAAAGGGAAUUUCUUAUCUCCACCAUGACUGUUCACCACCUAUUAUUCAUCGGGACAUAAAAUCAAGUAACAUUUUACUUGAUGAGGGUUUUGAGCCAAAAAUUGCCGACUUUGGGGUAGCAAAGAUUGCAGAGAAGUGUCAAAAGGAGUCUGAAUAUAGCUGUUUUGCUGGCACUCAUGGUUAUAUUGCUCCUGAGCUGGCAUAUACUCUUAAAGUCACAGAAAAGAGUGAUGUGUAUAGUUUUGGUGUGGUGCUGCUAGAAUUAGUUUCUGGUAGAAGACCUAUUGAAGACGAAUAUGGAGAAGGAAAAGAUAUUGUUUAUUGGGUUCUAAAUCAUCUCAAUGACCGCGAAAGUGUGCUCAGGGUUCUUGAUGAUAAAGUGGUGACUGAUUCUGUCCAAGAUGGCAUGCUUAAGGUCUUGAAGAUUGCUAUCCUUUGCACUACCAAGCUUCCAUCUGUGCGUCCUUCUAUGAGGGAGGUUGUUAAAAUGCUUAUUGAUGCAGAUCCUUGCAUUUUCAAGUCUCCGGACAACAAUGCUGACAAAAAUGCCAAGGUUUUCCUCUAGUCAAUAUUUUUAUAUUUUUCCCCUAGUAAUAGUCAAACUUUCAAGGUUCAACGCAUGAUGCAAAUGUUGGUAUUUCCAUGCAUGUUGACGAAAUUUGGUGAACAAACUGUAGUUUUAUAAAAAUCAUCAGAAUCCAAUGGUAAUGAUUGAAUGUAAUAUUGUUAUAUACCUAAAUAUGAGAAUGGUGUUGUAGAAAGCAUAUUGCUAUAAUCUGAUAUGGGUGCUUAUUUAUUGCCA